UCCACUAUUCUCUCAACCUUCUUCCACAUAAUUUUCAUGGAUCCGUUCAACAACCCGGAGAACCCGAACACUUCGAACAACCCGAAUACUCCCAACAAUCCGACCCAACCAAAUGUUUUUUCGGUUCCGGGAUAUUAUCCAACGCUAGAACCGAACCAAUUCUCCCAAUAUUCAUCGAACGCGUUUGCUUCAUUCCAACAAUCGCCAAACCAAUUCACUCAAAUCUCCCAAAAUCAAGCUCUUCAACAAAUGAUGAUGCGGGGUGCUUGGAACUUCCCACCCGUUCAACCUCAACCGAUCCCCACACCCCCCGUUCAACGUCAACCGAUCCCCACACCCCCCGUUCAACCUCAACCGAUCUCGACCCAAUCCGAACCCGAAGACGAUGUGGAGAUUGUGCCUGAAACCCAACCGCCUAAAGGGAAAGGAAAACGAAACAAAGGCAAACAAGUAGUGGGUGAUCAAACGUCGAAACCGAAGGCGAUUAAGUGGACCCCAAUCGAAGAAGAAGCCUUAGCCAAGGCUUUCAUUGGCACUUCCGACAACCCGGUAAAAGGUAAUAACCAACCGGGUGACGGGUUUUGGUCCAAGGUAUUGGCCAAGUUUCUCGCCAUGAUGGACCAAGGCCCGUAUAGAGAUAUCGACUCGGUUUCCUCGAAGUGGCGAAAAUUGAACUCGGCCAUUAAUCGGUUUUGCGAGGAGUAUAACAAAUUAUAUACAAGUGACCGUCGUAGUGGGUGGAACGACGAGGAUGUGUUCAAAAUGGCAUUGGAAAAGUAUAAGCAAAAUAAUCAUGGUUCCAACUUUCCUCACGUUCGCGCGUGGAUGGUUGUAAAAGACGACCCAAAAUGGACGCCCAUUCCUAACGAGGUGGCGAUGGCGAAACGCCAAAAAACAUCGGAAACGGGUAGUUUAAGCGCCGGUGGAUCGGACGCGAGGUGUCACAUUAACUUAAAUGAUGACGCCGACUAUGACGAAGACGAGUAUAACGUACGUGAACCCGAGCGUCCACCAGGCCGAGACAAAACAAAGAAGGAGCGGGCCAAGGGAAAAGAAAAGGAAAAGGUGGACCCGAACAUGGUUGAGUUUAUGGAACACCUAAAAGUGUACAACGACAUCUCGGCUCAAAAGACGAAGACGAAGGAGCGGACCAUCGAAGAAAAAAGUCGUGCAUCGGACGAAAAGUUAAAAGAGAAGGUCCGAUUGUCGAAUGAGAAAAUCCGAAUCUCCGAUGAAAAAAUUCGGCUUAAGGAAUGGGAAAUAAUGAUGAUGAAUGUCGAGGACGAACCCGAGCCGAAACGUUCGAUGUUGAAAAAAUUACAACACGACAUCAUGAAAAAACAUCAAAUUAUUUAACUUUAUGUUUAUUAUUAAGUCUUUUUUUUUAAGUUUAUGUAUUUUUUUUUAAUAUUUAUGUAAUGUGGAUUUAAUAUUAAUGAAAAUAUUUUAUUAGUAUAUUUGUUAAAUGUUAAAAAAAAAAUAGAAUACUAAAAAAAUUAAAAAAAAACAUAAAAAGUGGUGGAGGACUAUGACUAGGAUCAUCCUACCAUGUCUUCUAGUUUUGGAGGAUGGACCAUCUUAGAGAGGAAUGUGACAUGGCGCCUACGUGGCGGAUCAUCCUCCAAGGAUGGUCUAUCACCAUACCAUGUAGUCUUAUUAAAAAAUCAGAUAGCUUUAUUUCUUGAUUUAAUACUUGAGGCAGUACUAUAUCUCACCAGUGAGCGUCGGACUCUAAAUAUUAUUUUUCCAAGUUGGGUGAUAAUAAAAAAAUAAGAUCAAAUCUAAAAAUACAGAAAUUUGUCAAUACGUAUCGCAUUUCCUUGGUGAGAGUGUAUUUCUUUUAUUGAUCUUUUUCCUUGGUUAACAAUAACAAUAAUAAUAAUAAUAACAAUAAUUGUUGUUAAUGAUAAGACCAUGCGCAGUGGUUUGAUAAAUAAUGCCCUCACCCUUGGACGUUUUCUGUCAUGUGCCAGUUAGCAACGGGGUAUUAUUAGACGUUUUUACAAAAGGGGCGUAGUGGAAUAAUGUCCAAUAACGCCUCAUCCAAUCAUUACACAAUUAUUAUUUUUUUUUAAAUUAAAAACUUAAAAUACUUCAUUAAAUUAAAAAAUUACAAUACUAGAAAUAAAAAAAACCGACUAAAGUUUAAAAAAAAAAACGGAAAUAAAAAAAGAAAUAAACUUAAAAAAAAAAGAUGUUGAUCUAAAGUCCGUAUUCGGGUUCGGGUUGUUGUUGGGAUGGUUGCGAGGCGCCGGGUUGGGCAAAACCGUGUGUGGCGUGUAAGGAGUAGAGCCGCUCAAGUAAGCCGCACACGAUAACAUGUUCGGGUCCAUGUCUUGAAGGUUAAAGUUUUGUUGCGGUUGGGUGGUAUUCGGGUUCCCGAGUCUUGA